GAACAGCCUCCUCCUCCACCUCCACCCAUAGUGAUCAACAGGUACUCAGAUGAUCUACUCAGAAAAAUAGCCAAACGGAUGAAAGAGAGACAGCAGAUCUAUAGGGAGAAAGUGAUUGAUCAGUACGCUUCAUCCCCUGAGAUAACCCCUCCUGUCACACCUUUGCUUCAAAGAGACCACUACGCAAAAGUCCUUGAGGAGAGGGCCAGGCAAGCAGAGGAGGAUCGGAUAAAGAAGGAGGAAGCGGAUAAGAAGAAGAAAGAAGAGCAAGAAAAGAAAAAGAAGGACGCUGAACAAAAGAAGAAGGAGGAAGAGGAGAAAAGAAAAGAAGAGGAAAAGAAGGAGGACAAGCCACCAGAAACGAAAGAUGAAAAAGUAGAGGAACCCAAAGAAGAAGCUGAAAAGAAAGAUGAGGAGAAAAAAGAAGAAAAGGAGGAAAAGAUAGAGGAGCAAAAACCAGCUCCACCGGCUCCGGCACCGACUGCGGCUCCGGCUGCGGCUCCGGCUCCAGCACCAACGCCGGCUCCGGCACCGGCAUCUGCACCAGCAGCCGCUCCAGCUCCAGCUGCAGCAGCUCCAGCCAAUCCAGAAGGGGGUGAAGGAGAAGAACCCCCUCCUCCACCAGUUGUCUACUCCCGCUAUGCAGAUGACACCCUCAGAAAUGUCAUCAAGGUGUUACGAGAGCGAAUGGAAACACUAAAAGAGAAAGCCAUAGACCCCUACGCCACAUCUCCAGAAAUCACUCCACCCGUCACCCCCAUUCUUAAGAAGGAUGACUACAUCAGACUGAAGGAAGAGGAACGGAUAGCUAAAGAAGCAGAAAACAAAAGGAAGGCAGAAGAAGCAGCCAAAAAGGCAGAAGAAAAAAAGAAAAAAGAUGAGGAGAAAAGGCUGGAGGCAGAGAAGAAAGCAGAGGAGGAGAGGCUGGCGGAGGAGGCCAAGAAGAAGGAAAGGAUCCUUCCCGAGAUAAAUUGCUCCUGCUUCGAUGUUCUUUUCCGCCCAAUCGAGGAGAAGAUGGAUACCGUCCUGGGAAACACCAUCGAUCCUUUCACAGAUCGCCGGUACAUUGCCUGGUUGACUGUGGUAGCAGUGGCGUUCAACUACAACGUUUGGUUUUGCACUGCCCGGCUGGCCUUCCCUUACCACAACGAAUCUGCCAAUCAGUACUGGGUUGCUUUAGACUUUCUUUCCGACUUGGUGAAUGUUAUUGACAUCAUGGUUUGGCAACCUCGACUGCAGUUUGUCAAAGCUGGAGACAUUAUUAAAGACAGAGCAUUGACAAAGGUUCAUUAUCGGAAAUCCCAAAGAUUUAAGACUGACAUCAUCAGCAUCCUUCCAUUCGACCUUCUCUGUCUGCGCUUUGAAUUUUCUUCAAUAUACAGACUCAACCGCUUCAUCAGGUUGGAGUCUUUCUUUGAGUUCAGUGACCGACUUGAGAGCAUCAUGGCCAAAGCUUAUAUAUGGAGGGUGACCCGCACAACAGGAUACCUGCUCUACGCUCUUCAUCUCAACGCCUGUGCCUUCUACGUUGCCUCAGUAUACCAGGGUCUUGCAACAACUACAUGGGUGUAUGAUGGAGAUGGAUCAGCGUACCUCCGUUGUUACUAUUUUGCCGUCCGCAGUCUGAUCAAUAUAGGUGGUCUCCCAGAACCUGUAACCGUCUUCGAGAUCACCUUUCAGAUGGCCAACUUCUUCAUUGGUGUCUUUGUAUUCUCCAGUCUGAUUGGACAGAUGAGAGACGUUAUUGGUGCAGCGACAGCAGGCCAGACGUACUUCCGGGCAUCGAUGGACGGCUGCGUCGAAUACAUGAACACUUACACCAUUCCCAAGCUGGUCCAGAACAGAGUUCGGACUUGGUACAACUACACCUGGGCUGCUCAGGGAAUGUUAGAUGAGUCUGAGCUCCUGGACAAGAUGCCUCUGGUGAUGAGGAUCGCCAUCGCUGUGGACAUCAACCUGGCCACCUUCCAGAAGAUUGCUCUAUUUCAAGGCUGUGACCAGCAGAUGUUAGUCGACAUGUUACUGAGGCUCAAAUCCAUCAUUUACCUACCUGGAGACUUUGUUGUGAAGAAGGGUGACAUCGGUAAAGAAAUGUACAUCAUCAAAAGUGGAGCAGUGCAGGUGGUGGGAGGACCUGACAACAGCAUUGUGUUUGUCACACUAAAGGCUGGCUGUGUGUUCGGAGAAAUCAGUUUGCUGCAGUCUGCAAAGGACGGGGGAAACAGGCGCACUGCUAACGUGAAAGCACAUGGCUUUGCUAACCUCUUUGUUCUGGAAAAGAAAGACCUGUUUGACAUCCUCGUCCACUACCCGGAGUCUCAAAAAGUCCUGGCCAGGAAGGGCAGGCAACUGGUUAAAUCCAAAGCUGCAGCAGGGGCAAAAACCAAGGAAGAAAAGCCAAAAGGUCUGACUUUGUUUGGACAAAAACCACCAACUCCAAAGUUCCUGAAAGCUUUUGGAAACUUUCGCAAAGGAGGGCUCCUCGAAAAACUCAAGGUGAAGUUUCCACACAGAGGCAGCACAGCUGGACCGGGUGGUUCUGGUUGUUUAACAGCACUAAUGUCAUGUUUGUUGUCUUUUAUUCACAGAAAGGUGCAGAGGAGCAGAAAUAAGAACAAAGCAUCAUCUUUUAUUCGCUACGUUUUUGUGGCUACUAAAACACUCAUGACAAGCUGA